GUGUUGUUUUCUUGCUGCUGUAGCAAUUCAGGGCAUCCAAAGCCAAGAUCCCAGAGGUUAUGCACAGACCAAGUUUUGAUUGAUAGGCUCUCCAGAACCCUGGAGCUUGGGGUCCCCACUAGGAGAUCAGCGACAUGCAGCAAUUGUAACGCGGCACAAGCCCCACAGCAUGUAUCGCGAACUUGGAACUUCGUUCCCCCAAGUUUUGAAAGAAAAGUAGCACGAGUGUGUUGCACCAGUUCCACAUUCCUGUGAUAGUAGCAGGCGACCGAGCGGCACUUGCUUCCUCCGCCCUCGACAUCAACGCGCUGCUCACGCAGAGCCGCUUCGCCCAACAUGGCCUCCACCCCCAUGGAGCUCGACGAGCCAUUGCCAACGCCCGCGCCGUCGCUGAAUAUCACGCGCACCUUAGGAGGCACCGUUCCUAGCACGUCUCGGGUGAGCGACGUGAUAUCUACAUUUCGGCCAACCAAGCUGUUCAGGCGCGACGAUGUGAAGGAGGGCAAGCCGAGGCCCCAUGUGCUGUCUAUAGAUUUUGACGAUCCGGGCGACCUCUGCAUGACGUCGGAGAGCGACGAGGCAAUCCAGAUCUACAGCGUGAAGGAAGGCCGACACGACAAGACCCUGCUCAGCAAGAAAUAUGGCGUCAAGUUGGCCAAGUUCACCCACGCCAGCUCAAGCAUCAUCUACGCAAGCACGAAGCAAAACGAUUCUAUCCGAUACCUCGCAACCCACGACAACUCUUUCAUCCGGUAUUUCGAGGGCCACGAAGCGGCCGUCACCAGCUUGGAGCUACACCCCGGAAGCGACAACUUCAUCUCCUGCAGCCGCGAUAACACCGUGAGGAUGUGGGACCCCAACACGAAGCAAUGGGUCGCCAAGAUGUACCUGCGGUCACCGUACCUCGCCGCGUGGGAUCCCUCGGGCACCGUCUUCGGCAUAGCCUCGCCGGGCAGCGGGUCGAUCCUGCUCUACGACUACCGGAACUACACCAAGGCGCCCUUCGCGACGUUUGACGUGGGCAGGGCGGCCGGCCAGGCCGCCGGGGAGAACCUGGCGUCGGGCUGGACGAAGCUCCAGUUCUCCAACGACGGCAAGUCCCUCCUGCUCGGCACGACGGGCGCCUGCCACUUCCUCCUGGACUCGAUGGACGGCACCCUCAAGGCGCUCCUGAGGAAGCCCGAGGGCGGCACCGGGCGCGUCGGCGUCGGGGAGGGCGCGGCGGCGGCGCGCAAUGGUGGCCCGGCCCCUGAGUCCCAGGCCAUCGAGACCAGCGGCGACUGCUGCUUCUCCCCGGAUGGCCGGUACGUGUUGAGCGGAUCCAAGAAGGAUGUCGUCGUGUGGGACACCUUGAGCCCCGUCAACGGCCACAAAGUCUUGGACCCCGCGCAUGUCCUCGAGGAGAAGGGACAGGCGGCCAUAUUGGCGUUUAAUCCUCGAUACAAUAUGCUUGCCACGGCCGAUCAGGAGCUCACAUUCUGGCUCCCGGACCCGCAUGCUUAAAGGGUGGAAGGGGUUUGCGGACGUAGCUUUUAGGGACAGAAAAGGGUGGAGGGAAGGGGGGCGUGGCUUGCUUGCACCGUGAUACCCUGGUUUGCAUAUAGAGGCGCUUCUGUUAGGGACCUGAGAUACAAAAAAAAUUGCUAUUCUGA